UUGUAGCUCUCUCCUCAUUCCUUCCUUCCUUUCUUUCCUUCUUUCUUUCUUUCGUUUCCCCCCCUCCCCGCGAACGGACGGAGCGAACCGAGGAGGGGAGAGAGAGAGAGAGAGAGAGAGAGAGAGAGAGAGAGAGAGAGAGAGAGAGAGCGGAGGAGCCAGCGGCCACGUGUCACAGGUGCUGGGCAGCGAGGCGCGGGGCAUCUGCAAGCCGGAUCCAGAGGAGGAGGAGGCGGAGGAGGAGGGAGAAGAGGAGGAGGAUGCUGCGGCAGGCGAUCCACCGCGGGCUCAAGGCGUCCUUCUACUGGCUCGGCCUGUUCGUCAGCCGCCACCCCGUGUUCUUCCUCACCGUGCCCGCCGUGCUCACCGUGGUGUUCGGCUCCGCGGCGCUCAGCCGCUUCCAGCCCGAGACGGAGCUCGAGGCGCUCGUGGCGCCCGCGCACAGCCUGGCCAAGAUCGAGCGCAGCCUCGCCAACAGCCUCUUCCCCAUCGAGCGCUCCAAGCACAAGCUCUACUCGGACCUGCACACGCCCGGUCGCUACGGCCGCCUCAUCCUGCUCGCCAAGGCCGGCGGCAACAUCCUGGAGCUGGCCGAGCAGGUGCUGCACGUGCACCGGCAGGUGCUGGAGCUGCGCGUGAGCCACAAGGGCUUCAACUACACGUUCGCGCACCUCUGCGUGCUGCGCCACCGCGACAAGCGCUGCGUGCUCGACGACAUCCUCGCCGUCUUCGAGGACAUCCGCGCCGCCGUGCUCGCCAACAGCACGCUGGCCAAGGUGCCCGUCAGCUACCCCAACACGACGUUAAAGGAUGGCCGAGUGGCCUUCAUCGGCCACCAGCUGGGCAGCGUCGUCCUGGCCCCGCACAGCCGAGACCAGCAGGUCAAGUCGGCCCGCGCUAUCCAGAUCACCUACUACCUCCGCAACCUGCGGCCCAUGGUGCAGGACGCCAUCGCCGAGAAGUGGGAGAAUGAGUUCUGCAAGCUGGCACACCGCCUGGCCACGGCCAGCCAGGACCUGUACAUUCAGUCGCUCACCUCCUUCAGCCUGUGGCGGGACUUCCACAAAACAGGCGUGCUGGCCAAGAGCGAGGUGCUGGUCAGCCUGGUGCUCGUGCUGCUGGCCGCCACCAUCUCCAGCUCCAUGCGCGACUGCCUGCGGGGCAAGCCCUUCCUGGGACUGCUGGGUGUGCUCACCAUCUGCAUCGCCAACGUGACAGCGACGGGCAUCUUCUUUAUCUCCGAUGGCAAGUUCAACUCCACGCUGCUCGGAAUUCCCUUCUUCGCCAUGGGGCAUGGAACUAAAGGCGUGUUUGAGCUCCUGGCUGGCUGGAGAAGAACCCGGGAGAACUUGCCAUUCAAAGAGCGAGUGGCAGACGCCUUUGCCGAUGUGAUGGUUUGCUACACCAUGACCAGCUCACUGUACAUCAUCACAUUCGGCAUGGGUGCCAGCCCUUUCACCAACAUCGAAUCCGUGAAGGUUUUCUGCCAGAGCAUGUGCGUGGCCAUCCUGGUGAAUUACUUCUACGUCUUCUCCUUCUAUGGCUCCUGCCUGGUGUUCGCGGGCCAGCUGGAACAGAACCGCUAUCACAGUGUGUUCUGCUGCAAGAUCCCCUCCGUAGAGUACCUUGACCGGCAGCCCACAUGGUUCAAGACCAUGAUGAGCGAUGGUCAUGAUCUCUCCACGCACCACGACAGCAUGCCCUACCAGAACCACUUCAUUCAGCACUUCCUUCGGGAGCAUUACACAGAGUGGAUUACCAACACCUACGUCAAGCCCUUCGUGGUCAUUCUCUACUUGAUUUAUGCCUCCUUUUCUUUCAUGGGAUGUUUACAAAUUAGUGAUGGCUACAACAUAGUGAACCUGCUAGCCAGCAAUUCGCCUAGUGUGUCGUUUGCCCUGACCCAGCAGAAACUGUUCAGCAACUAUAGCCCAGUGAUAGGGUUCUACAUCUAUGAGCCCAUUGAAUACUGGAACUCUACAGUGCAGGAACACCUCAAGACUCUAGGCCAGGGCUUCAAUAAGAUAUCGUGGAUUGACAAUUACUUCAACUAUCUGAAGGUUGCCAAUGUCAGUGCGUCGACCAAAAGUGAUUUUAUAAACAUUCUCAAGAAUUCAUUUUUGAGGAGCCCGGAGUAUCAGCACUUCACAGAGGACAUAAUUUUCUCCAAAAAUGGGGAUGAGUAUGACAUCAUUGCCUCUCGGAUGUACUUGGUAGCCAGAACCACUGAGAAGACCAGGGAGGAGGUGGUGGAACUGCUGGAGAGACUCAGACCACUCUCCCUCAUAAACAGCAUCAAGUUCAUCGUCUUCAACCCCACCUUCGUGUUCAUGGACCGCUACAGCUCCUCAGUUGUCUCGCCAAUCCUCACGUCAGGAUUCAGCGUCCUGACUGUUCUUAUCCUCACUUUCUUCCUCGUCAUCAACCCCCUGGGGAACUUCUGGUUGAUCUUGACCGUCACAUCUGUGGAGCUGGGCGUCCUAGGCCUCAUGACGCUUUGGAAUGUGGACAUGGACAGCAUCUCUAUCCUGUGCCUUAUUUAUACUCUCAACUUCGCCAUGGAUCACUGUGCCCCCCACCUUUACACGUUUGUACUGGCCACUGAGCACACUAGGACUCAGUGCAUCAAGAUCUCGCUCGAGGAGCACGGGGCGGCCAUCUUGCAGAACACCUCGUGCUUCGUUAUUGGGAUAAUGCCCCUGCUUUUUGUGCCUUCCAACCUGACCUACACACUGUUCAAGUGCUCGCUCCUCACCACCGGCUGCACGGUGUUGCACUGUUUCGUCAUCCUCCCUGUGUUUUUGACUUUCUUCCCCCCCUCCAAGAAGAGGCACAAGAAGAAGAAACGGGCGAAGAGGAAAGAGCGGGAGAGGGAGCGGGAGCGGGAGAGGGAGGAGAUCGAGUGCAUUGAGGUCAGGGAGAACCCUGACCACGUGACCAGCGUCUGAGACGUGGGGGGCACGUCCGGCCGUGUGGUUAAAACAGGGAGUGCAUAUCCUGUCCGGUGGGGAGCGAUGUAUGUAGCACUUCACAGGUCCAGGAGGGUCCGAGUAGAGCCGCCCUCUCGAGUGGGAUGACCUUCAACAGCUCCAGCAAUCAGCAGCCUUGAUGUCUAGAGUAGGAAGUAUUUUUAACGUGCACCCUUCGUCCUGAGCAGUGUAUAGCAUCUGCAGCUGCCUGCCGCUGUUGCCAGUUCGCUUGAGGACCUGUCAAAGCCUUUUGGGUAAGAAGACAAUUGGAAAUGUAUCAAAUGCUCCAGGAAGCCAGUAAUAGAUUUCAGAAUUUUUAACUGUAACAUGAAUCAAAACAGUCUGUAUUGUAGGGGUUGCAUACAGAGUCCCAUGGAUGUGUUGAUAUUUAGGAUUACCUAUUAUUUUAGGCUUACUUACUGUUAAUACUUGCAAAUGAUUGGAGACCCAUACAGUUAGAAAUUAAUAAUUGGGAAUGAUAUAUUCCAAACCGCUGAAGAUGUCAUUUUAAUAUAUGUUUUUCUGAUACGAUAGCAAUAUUGAAAACCUCGCAUAUCGGCCAAUGCCAAAACGAUCAAGCCGAUAUUUUUUCUUUAAAAACUAAUCUUUAAAAUUGGCUAUUUUUCAUAGAAGCACUCCACUUAAGGUCUUAAUGAUGACCUUCUAAAAGCAAGCAAUCAUGCCUCAUACCAUCAAUUUACUCAACGUAUAGUUAACAUGGCAUGAGAGGGUUAGCAUUGGAUUGGAUGCAUUGUUUUUUAGCCAGCAUUUUAUGCUGAUAUCGGCCCAGUUCGAUACCGUAUCAGAUCAGAUGCCACCUCUAAUUUUGGGCCAAAAAUCCUUGUCCUGGUCAUCAAAUCCAAAACCAUAUGUGCAAAAGUAGAUAAGCUGGCAUUUACAAAUGUAGCAUGUCUUUGGAGUUUGCUAGCAGAGCUAAGCAAAGCAGAUGUUAUACACUGUUCAGUCUGCACAAAUGAAUAGGAAGAUAGGAAAUUUUCAAGCUGCAUUUCAGUGGAACAAGAUGUGUUCUUUGUACUGUCAUGAAAAAUAUAUCUGUUUUCAUAACAUCAGCUGCAUACUGGAGAUCUAAUUCAUAAAACAUCAAGCAUGUGUUAGCAUAACUCACAGUUAGCCCAGUCAUGGUCAAUCAUGACUAAUUUCAAUGUAUGUGUCCAAAAUAGUUUGCAGUCCUACUAAUCCACUGUUGUUUGAAAUGUGAUAGCACUUAGAUAGAUGGAUACAUCUCCCAAGAAGCAUAACAAGGGGCAGUUAAAAGUGCUUGCGAUUCUUAAAUUAGAUUUCAAAGCAAGUUCAAGUGUACGAAAGGAACAAGAGACCAACUGAUAACAGUGGGCCGACUUUGUAAUUGAGCUUUUGAGAGAGCUUUGCCAAAUUAGUAGUUAUUACAGUUAGUGGCAGACGUUAGUAUCCAUUAUUGGUUGCUUAUGCCCAAUUUGAUGAUGUCAUCAAACCUAGGUUGUUGAUUAGAUUUACGAAAGAAUAGGAAGAUACAAAAAAAAACUGCAUUCAAUAUAACACAUUAUAACAGACAUACAGUGUUGUCAGGCUUAAUGUGUUGGAUUUGCAGUAAGACACUGUCUUUUAGUUGUUGCUACACUGUUCUUUGGUUCUCAACAGCAUAUAUUUUAAAAGGAAAGUUCCAUCAAUUUUAGAUUUUACUGUUUUAGCUUGUAGGUAAUCACUUACUGAUUAUCGGCUGUUUUUGAACUGCGGAAAACUGGAGAAACAUUUUUAAUAUUUUUAUUUUUAAGUCAUUCUUUUAACAUAUUUUAGCCCAGAUCCAUGGCUAAAUGAUAUAAACAUGUUAAUAUGUUCCACAAUCAGCAGUGCUAACUAUAUUAGCCAUUGGCUAUUAGCCAUUACUUUAAAAUAUUGGUGGAACGUCUCCUUUUUAACAUUAGCCUUGCAUCGUUGAUUGUAUCCACUGUUUACAUCUGUUGUGAAGAGCAGCGUGUGCAAUUAGAAAGGACAUUGCCAGUGUUGCUUUCAUUUGGCCUUACUGAACCAGUCAAUGCACUGGAUGUUGUUGUAGAGUCAUUCCAAAGGCAGGUGGUCCCCAUGUAGGAGAACCAUGUUGGUCAGAGUUUACGAGGCUACUGAGCCGAAUAAAUAGAUGUUAUAGAACAACACAUUAUGGAAACAGACCACAGAUCCAACACUUCAGUGGUGGUUGAUUGAUAUCGAAGGAUGUAUAAGCGUCAGAGUAAAUCAUAAAGUCCUUUUGGUUUAUUGGGCUGGCAUUAUGCCAUGCUGUGGUGUUUAGAUAUUCAAGGCUCAAAGGUUUUACCAGGACUGAGGCAUUGUGAACCUUGUAUAAAUGUCCACCAUGUCCAUCUAACCAGUGGUUAGAGACAAAACGAGAUGCAACAUAUUAAAAAACCCAGCAAGCAAACAGAGACCUCAUAACUAGUACUCAGACAUCCAUCACUGAAAAGGAAUUCAGUUGGUGCACUCAAUGUCUACCACCGAUGGCGUCACCAUACUUUGUGAGCCAUACAAUGUUUGUGUAGGAAGAGGGCAUGAAAAAUUAAAUAGGCUAUAUGAAAAAAAUAAAUGCAUACUAAAAUCAUAUACUUCCCAAAAAGACUGUCUGCCGCAUGUAAUGUAUGUAUGCAUGUAUUUAGUUAGUGUGCAUUUUUGUUUGUUUCCACAU